AUGGUUAGCGAAGGUAAGUAUGCUGCAAGGCUAGUGGAAGGUUCAAGUUCCGUGCCAACUAUUCCUCUACUUCCUGAAACCUGUCCUCGUAGCACUGGAUAUGUGACACCGUCGGAAGGCUUCGCUUUAAAACAAGUUAAGAAAGCUUACGGGUUUAACGAAAAGCAACGAGAGUAUCUAACUGCUAGAUUUACCAUCGGACAAGAAAGUGGCAAAAAGGUCAACGCGGAAAUGGUUGCAACAGAAAUGAGAAGAGCAAAGGGAUCGAACGGGGAGCGCUUGUUCAGUGUCUCUGAGUUUUUGACAACUCAACAAGUAGCUUCAUUUUUUUCCAGAAUGGCAGCAAAAGUGAAACAGCAGACAGCCCCCUGCGCACAAGCUGUAACUGAGCAAGAUCUGGUUGCUAUGGAGGAAGAAUCUAAUUUUUCAAAUGCUAGGGAGUCUAUUUUUGAGCAGUUAAAUGUAACUCAUCCUAUUAAUUACCAACAGUACAACAUCUGUUCCAUAGUCGAGAGUAACACACUCAAAAAUCUCAAACUUGCAAUCUUAAAACUCCUUUGCGAGUUUCAAUCUUGCAUUACCACCUGGGGUUGAUCAGAGAAGAAAGACAUCUUACAUCGCUCUGCUCGAAGACCUUGUUAGAUGCUGCUCUUGCAGUGCAGUUUAUAAGGCAAAUGGCCAAAGGCAGCUUAAAAAAAUUAUAUGAACGUUGAUAUAAAACGAAAGGCAAGGAACAUAUUUUGGAUUGGAGGAGCUAUUGUAGUUCCCGCGUAGUGUGAGCUCAUCAGCACCAACUUACCUAUGAGGGUCCUGGGGCCUCCCCUCCGAGGAGAGCUUCCUUUUACCUGUUUCUUAGUGCGCCUUUCAUAGUAGAGAAAGACUGCUGAUAGGGUGUCCUGGGAUAUGCUCCCCCCGCAAAUUUUGAAAUCUAGAGCUUCUGAAGACAUCGGAAACACG